UACAAACUUGAAACAAAAUGACGUCCAUUGUUGUUCAAAUUUGGAGAUGGUUCUUGCAGCCAAAGGUAUGGAGAUUUGUGGGCUUUGCUUCAUCUAUUGUUGGACUACUUUGUUAUGCUCUUAGCUCUUCCUUCAACUAUCUAUUUGGAGAUUGGAAUCUGUUGAAGAUUUUCCUUUACAGCGUUUUCAGUUUCAUCAUCAGCCUCAUGAUUUUAUUUGCAAAAAUGUGGCAACCCUCAAGAAGUAUUCGAUUCAAAGCACACACAGCAUAUUUGGUAUUAACAAUCACUUCGUUAUAUUCAUUUUUCUUUGAUAAAGUGGUGAAUGGAAAACCAGAUGCAUAUAGCCUCAUUUCUUGUGCUUCCUUUGCUAUCAUGUCACUUAGUUUGUCGACGCAAACUGAGUGCGGAUUUGAAUUCGAUCUUCUUUACUUUUUCCUUGGAUGUCUAAUUGUCCAACUCAUGAAGAUUAAACUGCCCUUAUUCAUUCUUGGAGCGGGUUUCAGCUACCUGAUUAUUGUUCUUCGCUAUUCACUCUCUCCUAUGGAUGUUGAUUUCGUACAUAACGAACAUACUACUAGUCUCUCGGAUGAAGAUUUCGUAGAUAACGAACAUACUACUAGUCUCCCGGAUGAAGAUUCCGUAACUAUUAUUGACUUCCAUUCACCUUCAUCACAGUUGGCUAGUACCGACAUUGGUAGUAGUAUGGGCGAACAACUCGGUCAUUAUGAGAAGGCGCUUCAACAAGAAAAUUCACAUCUGGUUGAAAUUAAGGAAGAACCAGAUAAUAAAGAAGAGAAUAAUGAGUUCGAUUCCCGGAUGGUACAAUCCUUUGACAUGCUUAACUUAUAUUCUAACCGAACCGGAGGGCUAACACAAAGAAAAAGAAAAAGAAAAAAGAAGAGAAGAAGAAAAAAUAAGAAAAAGCAUGCCUCUGCCCCUCUUUUAGAGAUGGUGAAAGCUUACCAGACAUAUUAUUCUAACAUGCCCUCAUAUCACCAUUUUCAAAGCAUGGAAGAGAAUCCCAAUGCUUGUGUUAUUUGUUAAAUGGUAAGUUUGGCUCCUUAAGUUAUUUUGAGCCAUUAAGUAAUGUGUAGAGAGAAGGAAUAAAUUUUUGGGGUGUUUAAUUUUUGCUCAAAAAAAGUGAUAAUGUAAUUCAAACAAUUUUUUGAGCCAUUAAGUACUUCUUAGGAGAAGUCCUUCAUUUGCUGGCUCAGUGACAGAGGGAUAGAUGUGAAUCUAAUUAGUAAUUAAUUUGUGUGUUUGCGUUUUUAUACAAAUAUAAAAUCACUGCAUUUUACUAACGGGAUUAGGUCUAUCAAA